AUGACCAAAGUUGGAAAAGCUCUUGCAGUAUCAAUGGGUGCUUUAGCUGGAGGGGCAGCUGGUUUUUAUUUACUUGAAGCAUAUAAGAUCAAAACAAAGGAAAAACGACUUGCACUUUUAUUGGAAAAGAAACAUGAAUUAGAAAAACAAGACGGCAAACUAUAG